UUCCAGGCUGUUUCUCUUUCUCAACUCUUUCCAUUUUUAAUACCUUCUUCUCCUUUCUUCUCCACUCAGCAUCUCUCUCUCUCUCAAACCUUAAUCGUUUUUGCUUUAGCUCUCUCACCAAUCUCAAUAUUCAAAUGGAUCCGUGCUCUUUCGUGCGGAUCAUAGUCGGGAACUUGGCCGUUAGAUUCCCGUCGUCUACUUCAUCUGAACCGUCCGUUUCCGGAACCCACACUUCCUCGGCCUCAGCUCCAAACUGCUACUGCAAAAUCAAAUUCAAGAGUUUCCCUCGCCAGAUCGUCUCAGUUCCGGUUAUCUUCCGAACCGAAUCUGAACCGGAGACUCGUUGCUCAACCGUCGCAGCUUGCUUCAGUCUAACCAAAUCUCAGAUCGAGGCCUCCUCGAAGAAGCCUAAGUUGAACGUCCUCUCCAUCGAGACUUACUCGCGCGGCGAAGGCGUUAACGGCGCGUCGUGCGGACUCGCUUCCGCGAGUGAGAAGUUGCUAGGACGGUUCGAGGUUUCGCUGGAUUUGAAAGCGGCGGAGACCAAGACGUGUUUGGCACACAACGGAUGGGUUGCCUUGGGAUCCAAGAAAGGAGGAAAAAGAAGGAAUAAAGCUGGAUCCGAUCCGGAGCUCCACGUUAGUAUACGGGUUGAACCCGACCCGAGAUUCGUGUUUCGGUUCGACGGCGAACCGGAGUGUAGCCCUCAGGUUUUCCAAGUGCAAGGAAACACGAAACAAGCCGUCUUCACUUGCAAGUUCGGCGCUAGAAACUCCGGUUCAGGCGAUCGGAAUCUUCUUCACAGUUCAUCAAUGAUGUCCGAAACGAGAAGUAGUUGCAUAUCGUCGAUGAAAUCUGAGAAGGAACAACAGUCGAAAGAGAGAAAAGGCUGGUCCGUAACGGUCCACGAUCUCUCCGGGUCGCCCGUAGCGAUGGCCUCUAUGGUAACACCUUUCGUUCCAUCUCCCGGUUCGAACCGGGUCACGCGAUCGAGUCCAGGCGCGUGGCUCAUUCUCCGACCCGACGGUUGCACGUGGAAGCCGUGGGGGAGACUAGAGGCGUGGCGUGAAGCUGGCUACUCCGACGCGCUCGGUUACCGUUUCGAGCUCUUCCAAGACGGAAUCGCCACCGAGGUCUCCGCGUCGUCGUCUAUCAGUUUGAAAAAUGGCGGGAGUUUUGUCAUCGACGUCACCGGCGGGACAACCACGGCGGGGUCUACGCCGACGACGAGUCCUCAGGGAAGUUUGGAUCUUGGAUCCGGGUCAAGUACUGGGUCCAGACCCGCUUCGAGACCAGGAUCGGGGUCCGGGUCGGAUUUCGGGUAUCUGCUGCCACAGCAUCCGGCGCAGAGCAGAGGGUUCGUGAUGUCGGCGUCGGUGGAAGGAGUGGGGAAACAGAGCAAACCGGAGGUGGAAGUCGGUGUGACGCACGUGACAUGCACGGAGGAUGCAGCAGCUCACGUGGCGUUAGCUGCGGCGGUGGAUCUGAGUUUGGACGCUUGCAGGCUGUUUUCUCAGAAGCUAAGGAAAGAGCUGAGACAGCAAAGCCAGCUUGGUGUCGUUUGACGUGUGCUGCUUUGUCGUUUUACCAAUUCAUGAGUUGUCUUCCACUCGAAAAUGUUUUUUAUUUGAGUUUUCUUUUGAAGUAGCGUUAGGGAUUAGCCAGCCAAAUUUUGAGAAGGUGGAUGUCAUCAUUAUUAAAAUUGUUUAUAUAUGUCAUGUACAGCUAAGAAAUGGCAGAAGCAACUCGUUAUCCUGUUCC